GAGGCUGAGGUGGGACUCGGGGGGUUCUGUGGACACAGAGGCAAAGUGUUCAGAGGCGUGGUACCGUGGUUUUCUCCAGUGGUGAAGAGCGAGGCCAUCGCCAGUUGACUGUUUUUGUUAUCUGCAAAUAAUUUUGGUCAGGUGGCAAGUGUAUGGACUGUGGAAUAAGAAGAACCUGCUUCUGCCUCUGACUUGGGUUCUAGUCCAGGGGAACAAGGCAUUAUUGGUCCUAGAAGAAGGAGGAGGUUCCAGGCCUGGGAGAUCAUCAUUUCUGGCAGCAGCCUGACCUGAGAUACCUUGACCGUAUCUUCUGGGCAGGCCCAGAGCAGACAGAAGACAGAGCAUAUCCUGGAGUUUCUAGCCCUUUUUAAGAACAGGAGAAAAUGACCAAGGCCCAGGCACCGUUAUCAUUUGAGGACGUGGCCGUGAGCUUCUCCCGGGAGGAGUGGCGGCUCCUGGUCCCCGCCCAGAAGGACCUGUACCGGGACGUGAUGCUGGAGAACUACAGGAACCUGGUGUCAGUGGGUGCCCAAGCUAAAAUACUUGGUGCCAAGUCUUCAGUGAUUUCCCAUUUUACAGAAUACCAAGCCAGCGAACCAGAUUCACUCUUCCAGUUGGAGCAUGGAGGACCACUGUGGGCAGUAGAGGGAGCAGCUCCGAGGCCACCCUGUCCAGAAGAAAUAUGGGAGAUUGACCAUAUGCAGUGGCACCCAGAAAACCAAAACGAGAUUAAAACUUUGGAAAGAUGUCAGCAAAAUUAUGCACUUGGAAAUAAUUUCAAUUUAUGCAAAAGUCUUGUUCCUUUAACACAAAGACACAAUAAAUUUGGUUCACAUUGUAAAGGUUUAAAAUCACAUUUAGGUUUUGUUCUCCAGAAUAGAAGAUAUGCAGGAGAAGAUCCUGAUGAGUUUAGUGGAUAUGGGAAAUCCUCUGUCUACAUCCAACAGGAUACAACUCUUACUGGAAUUAAAUGCACUGAAUCACAGCUUGGUGAACAUCAAAAAACUUACGCAGAAGAGAAACCACAUGAAUGCAGUGAGUGCGGUAAGGUCUUCUCCAGGAAGGCACAGCUCAUUAGACAUCAGAGAACUGAAAGGGGAGAAAAGCCCCAUGGAUGCAGUGAAUGUGGGAAGACAUUCAUGAGGAAGAUUCAGCUCACUGAACACCAGAGAAUUCAUACUGGAGAGAAGCCCCAUGAAUGUAAUGAAUGUGGAAAAGCGUUCUCUAGGAAGUCACAGCUUAUGGUACAUCAGAGAACUCACACAGGGGAGAAACCCUAUGGAUGCAGUGAAUGUGGAAAAGCCUUCAGCAGGAAGUGCCGGCUCAAUAGACACCAGCGAUCUCACACUGGAGAGAAACUCUAUGGAUGCAGCGUGUGUGGGAAGGCCUUUUCCCAGAAGGCGUACCUCAUUGCACAUCAGAGACUUCACACAGGAGAGAAGCCUUACGAGUGCAGUGAAUGUGGAAGAACUUUCUUUUUUAAGUCAGACCUGACCAAGCAUCAGAGAAUUCAUACAGGAGAGAAACCUUAUGAAUGCAGUGAGUGCGAAAAAGCCUUCAGGAGCAAGUCAAAGCUCAUUCAGCAUCAGCGAACUCAUACUGGAGAGAGGCCGUAUGCAUGCAGUGAAUGUGGCAAAGCCUUUGCCCACAUGUCAGUCCUCAUGAAACAUAAGAAAACUCAUGCAAGAGAGAAAACUAUAAAUUCACUGAAAGUGGAGAAACCUUCCUCAGGGAGUCAUAGCUCUUUUUACGUGAGUAAACUUGCCCAGGAGCAAAACCAGAUGAACACGGUGCCUGUGGAAAUACCUUCUUCGGGAACUCAGCCCUUGUUAAACCUCAGUGAGCUCCUUGGGGGUAGAAAUGUAGUGUUUGUGGAACAGCCUUUUCUAAGAAGUCAGGCCUCAGUAAGUAAUCUGGAAUUUGCACAGGGAAUAUGUCUUGCAAAUGCAGUGAAUGUGACCACACCUUCUGUAAUAAAUUAUGUUUUAUAUGUUACAGACAUUGUGUAAGAAAGAAAAUCCUCUGGUACCAGGAUCUAUCUGAUACUAGAAAAGCCUUUAGCAAGAAUCCUCCACACAUUCUAUGUGAGAGCUCAUUUUGGGCAGAAAUGCUAUGGAGGCAGCGGUGGUGGAGGCUACGUCUGUGAGAAUUCAGACUUAUUAAAUAUCCAUGAAAGCCCAGUCCACAGAAAUGCAGCUAUUGUGGGGAACCCAUUUCCUGGAGAUGAUUAUCUCCAUUGCUAUCAAAGAAUUCCCACAGGACCAGAACAUGAGGAAAGAAUGUGAUGAUGUUUUCAAUGAUAAGUUGUACCUAAUCACAUGCCAGAGAAGUGUAGAAAGAUAUUAGAGACACUGAAUACAGACAGCAUUUUUAGUAAAAUGUGGAAGAACUCAUAGGAAAGAGAGACCCCUGAAUGCAAUAAAAGAUGGAAAUUCUAUCACCAAACUAA